AUGGCCAACGAUGAUGAGAUCGAGCUGAUCAGUGACGACCCCCAGGGCCAGUCACCUCCACCCCGAGGUCCCCCAGAGGGAACUUCCAUCGUACCCCUGGCUACUCAACCACCGCUCUAUGCAACGAGCGACCAUAUUCUACCACCAGGGUAUGUGCCAAACUACAGCCUCCAUGCUGCUCCUGGUACCUCUAAUGUGCGACCUCUAGUCGCACCGGUCAGGAACACUCCUCUAGUUAUGUCUGGCGCACCGGUAUACACAAUCCCGACUCCACCUCCUGUGACAAAACCAAUAAACGAGCAACCAUCUCAUGUUUAUGAUGGCCAAUACUACUCUCCAAAUAUGACUUUCGGGGUCUCGGCUUCAUACAAUCAGACUCCUCAGUACGAGUCACCAGUGGAAAAUGAAAAGCUUUACUCUGUGGGACCUCCACAGUAUACAGUGUUUAAUGCUCAAUCCUAUACUCGUCCUCCCAAUCAACAGGUACGGGCACCAGCUCUAUGA